CGUACUCCGCGAGCGCGCAGCGACAAUUCGAGCGGCGGUGGCGGUGGCAGGUAUCACGCAUCGCAUGUUCGCUGCACGCACUGCAAAGCAGCAGGCUGCGCGAGCAGCGGCGGCCGGGUCGGCAGCAGCUGGCGGCGUACAGGCGAGUGUGGGUGGAGGGCCAGGCACCUCAGCUGUAGGAGCGUCGCCUGCUGCCAGGACCGGGCCUGGCUCAGCAGGUGCAGCGGUGAGCGACUAUUCGGGUGCAGCUGGGGCGCCUUCAGCAGCCCCACAGGAGCAGGCUGCGCGAGCAGCGGCGGCCGGGUCGGUAGCAGCUGGCGGCGUACAGGCAAGUGCGGGUGGGGCGCCAGGCACCUCAGCUGUAGGAGCGUCGUCUGCUGCCAGGACCGGGCCUGGCUCAGCAGGUGCAGCGGUGAGCCGCUAUUCGGGCGCAGCUGGGGCACCUUCAGCAGCCCAGCACAAAGUGACAGCAGCGCCCGGGGCUAGGCUGGCCGGCGUACCGCAGCAGCCGCGCACGCUCCGGCAGCGUGCGCAGGCGGAGGCGUUCAAGUCGAUGAUGCGGCAAGGGCUGGAUGAGGGUAGCCGUGCUCAUGCCGCUGCACAGACUUGCACGUUCACUAGGCCAGAGCAGCCUGCGGCACCGGCAUCAGUGGCACGGGAGGGGCAGCCGCAGGGGCGUUAUGUCACAGAUGUCAUUGCUGGCAUCGUGGGCGUGCUGCGGCAGCACCGGGAUCUAGCCAGCAUCUUGCACCGCAAAGAGAUGAACAUGCUGCUGCCGGGUGAGUUGAAGCAGCUUGCCGAGGCGCUGCAGCAGCAGCUGCCCGAGAAGCUGCGCAGCAGCUCAGUGUAUGGGAUGCAGACGUGGCUACAUCACCACGCAGACGAGAUUGAGCUCGCGCUAGCAGGCGUGCCAAACCCCGAUGCGGUGGCAGCAGCUGCCGGUGUGGGCGGAGCAGCCAUGCCGUGGGAGGUGCAGCUGGGCUUGCAGCGUGUUGCGGAGAUGAUGGGGCUGGCCUCCGACGCGGAGAAGCAGCCGGCAGCGGAGGCAUGGCAGGAGCGGCAAUGGCACACGCUAACAGAUUGCAUCAGUGCUACGCGCGCUGCAGCCAGGGUCGCAGGAGACACCGCCGGGGCUGCAGGAGUGGGCGUAGGCACAGGCGGCGCGCAGACCGCCGCUGGUGGCGUGCCUGACAUCGCAACGUCACGCUUGUGUGACGAUGCCGCUGCAGCACAGGCGAUGCGCCAGCAGAUGGCCGCGGAGUUGCCAACGCAGCCGUGCAGCGUAUGCGGUCGCCGCCGGCGUCAGCGCGAUGUCCAUUGGCAUCGUGUGUCGGGAUUGCGGGAGUGGCUUGACGAACAGCUCAGCGCAAUGCUGCCGGGCACAGCAGAGGCGCCACGGGAUGGCAACACGCUGUGGGCUCCGCCGACGUCGGCCGAAGCUACGGCGUUGCUGGCGGGUGCCACGGGCGCUGCGUCAAUGUCAGGCGAGGCAUCAGCGCUGCUGCGGACUCUGCGGGCGGAACAGGAGGGGUAUGCGCGCGCGCGGUACGGUACUGCAGAGGAAGCUGCAGCUAGAGGGGCGAGUACAGGAAUGGCGGCGGGCGUCAACAGCGACAGCAGCAGCGGCUCGGACAGCGAGGCCGUCAUUGUGCAGCAGUCGCUUGCACGGCCGAGCCGGAAGCGGCCCAGGUUGCUGUCUGCUGCGCACAUGCAGCGGCUGCUGUGUGGGCUGGAUCGCGACGCGAGCGUGGCGGUGCGGCAGUUGCUUCUGGCCCACAACUUCAAGGCUGCUGCUACAAAGCUGCUUCGCCACCACGGCGGCGUGCCAACCAAGGAGGCGGUGACGCAGAUGCAGGUGUUAACGGACCACGAACGAGCGCUCACAGCUGAGGCGAAUGCGAGUGGCAGCACGCGCCCGCUGUCACGCCCGCCAGCGGGCGCACCGCUGCCGCCAGGCAGCUUGUUCGUGGUGCACGAGCCGCAGGCACUGUCGCCGGUGCAACGGGAGCACCGUGCGCGACGGCCGCAGUCUCUUUCAGGACUGCCUGCAGAAGCCGCACAGCGUGCAGGCGCAGCAGCACUAGCAGCGGCGGCGGCAGGGGCGGAGGUGGCGGCAGCAUUCAGCAACUGCGGCCAGAACGUGACACAUAUGCAGGGCAUAGACGACGUUGACUUGUCGCCAACGCCAGCAGAUUCGCCGGCGUUGCGCGCGGUGUUUCAGGACGCCUGCGCCGACGAGCGUGCCCUGCAGCUGCUGCUGGACGGAUGGCCACUCGCGUCAUGCACGGAGCAGGCCCCGCAGUCAGACUAUCAGCCGGAGUGGCCGCUGCGCGUGCACGUGAAUCGGUUUCCUAACGGCACGGGCGCAUGCCCGACCGGCAUGCAGAUGCUCAGCUGGAUCCAGCUGCAGCUGCAGCGAUGGUACCCACCAGCGCCGGACGGCACCGAAGACUGCAGCGCCCAGGCACCACACUUCAUUCUGGACAUGUUUGACGCGUGGCAGCGGCACACAGUCAACCAGCAGGUGGCGGUGCGCUUCAAGCUGGACCCGCAGCUCAUCAUGAGCCUCGGCGACAUGGGGCCGGACACGCUGGUGGAGGCAGCCGACGUGCUUGCAGCAGGCCUAUCACGGACGGAGCAGGCCCAGCGGCUGCACGGAUCACCACCGGAAGUGGAGCAGCUCGUGCGUGGAGCGCGCAUCACGGGCGCCCAUGUGGUGGGCUCGCCUGGCUCCUAUGCAGCACUGCGCAGCCGCGCGUACGGGCUGUGGGCUGCGUACGGCCCACCCAGCGCCAGUGUGACGCUCAACCCCGCAUCGGUGCACUCAGAUGCCACGUUCACGCUGAUGGGGCGUCCGUACACCUUCGACGUGCGGACAGGCGCGCCGCAGCAUCGGCCCAUGGCCGCGGAGCGGUGGGACCUGGUGGCGGGGCACCCGCUCGCGUGUGCCGAGUCCUUUGAGGCGUUCAUGGACGCGUUCUGCGACGUGUUCCUCGGGUGGCCAGCAGGAUCAGAUGUGCAGCAACGUAGUAACUGCCUGUUCGGGCGCGUUGACGCCUUCUUCUUCAAGUUCGAAAUGAAUCAGCGUGGAGAGCUGCACGUGCAUGGCUGUAUCUGGCAGCCAGGGCUGCAGCCAGCACGCCUGCGAAAGGCGCUAGCGGAUCCGCGGAGUUGUCCCGACGUGCUGCUGGACUUCCUGGAGUCCGUGCAGACGCAGUGGUUCGCCUCGCCGCUGCUGUUCAGCGGCGGCGAGCGACCGGUCCACGCUCAGAAGCUCAGCACCGAGCAGCUGCAGGAGGUGGCUGAGGCGGCUGGCAGCGAGCGCUUGACGGAGCUGCAGCGGGACGUUCUCAGGGAGGUGCUGGUGGAGGUGAAGGCCAGGGGGGCUAUGGAAGACGCAGCCGUGUCUUGUCGGCCGCCUCUACAAUGCAGCAGCUUGACUGAGGCGGAGCGGCUUGGGUUAUUUGCUGCGCAUGCGGUCCUGGAGACGCUGCUGCACGCCCAUCGCGACGGCACGUGCACCACGUCACACAGCAAGCAUGCCACGGACAGCAACUGCCGCAUGCGGCUGCCUCGGAUGCUGCACUGGCUCACCACGUACCUGCACGAGCAGUCGGUGUGCGUGCAUCUCAAGCGGUAUGGCCGCUACAUGGUCUCGCAUAUGGUGGACCUGCUGCUGGCGGUGCCUUGCAAUCACACCGUCACGUUUGCGUGUGAUGUGGGGCGCUGGCUGCGCACGCGCGAGCUAUGGGAUCAGCGGCACGAGGGCAUUCCGCGCACGGACCCUGUGUGGGAGCGACGGCCGCAGCUGCCCAGCCUUGAGCAGCUGGCCGCGGACGCAGCGGACUAUGCCCUGAAGUAUGCCACCAAGUCUGAAGCAGUGCAGGGCAGCAGGGCCCUUAUAGCUGCAGCCACUAUGCUGCGGCGGCGCAUGCACCUCAUGACCCCAGAGCAGCAGGCCGGGAUUGAGAGCGAGCACCUGUCGAUCCAGGACGUGCUGGAUCAGCUACGGCAUCCCUUCGCUGCCUUUGCGGACGCCAGCGCCUCUGCCUGGGCGCCCCGGCCUCCUACUGCAGGUGUGUCAGCUGCAGGCGAGAGCAGCACGCCGGCACAGGCGCAGUUGACGGCGGAGGUGACGGCACGCGCACAGCAGUCCGCGACUGUGGCCGCGCUGCGCACUGCGCGGCCUGUCGGCGCGGCUGCGGUGCAACGGGAGGGGAUGUUCAACCUUGCGCACGCCAUCAACCUGCUGUUAACAGCCCAGCAGACGUUCUCCGCUCCAGCAGCGGCGCUGCUGCUGAUGCGGGGCACCGACGCGCACGAAAGCCACCAGUUCAGGGCCAUCGAUUACAGGAUGUUCUCGCAGCAUGUGCAGUCACAGCUGAAGCGCGCGGACCCGGAGCUCAGGCCCAGAGACGCCGAGCUGCGGCUUGUGCGUACAAUGGGCAGCGUUGGAGCGGGCGGGAGUGCCAGAGGGGAAGGUCAGGUUCCGGCCGCCAGCACAAUCGCUAGCGAUGUCCCAGGUUCCGGGCCCAGCGGAAGCGUGCAGCAGCUAGAGCAGCUCGCCGUUGCACCUGCUCGUUACCGGUCAUCAAGCUACCUGAAAGACUACCUGUACCGCGGCGAGGCGCUGCGCGAGCUGUCUCCUAUGAUGAUGGCCAUGUUGUUUUAUAAGAUCCCGCGCGCCAAUGCAUGGCCAGCGGUUGGGCGUACAGCGGCGGCGGCAGUAGUGCGCAGCACGCAGGAGUGGACGCACGAGCGGCUGGCUGCAGCACAGCAACGCAUGCAUGAUUACGACCUAGGCGGGCAGUACGCCGCACAGGCGCUCGCGCAGGCGCAGGGAGCAGUGCAGCAGCAGCUGCUGCUUUACAACAGCGGCACUGCGGCAGUGACAGCGAAGCUGGUGCUCAUCUCGCCAUUGGCGGUUACCACAGCCGCCCCAGAGGUGCAGGCCGUCUGGCCUGACGCAGCGAACCCUGGUGCAGAGCCGCCGUACGUGCUUUGCCCAGAGGACUCGCAGCCGACGCCUGAAGACACAGCGCGGUUAUGGAACCUCAGCGACGACCAGCAGCAGGCGUUCAUGCUGUACGCGCAGCUCCUGCUAGCAGAGGCCGCCGGCGUCCGUCAGCCCCCCGUGUGCUCGGUGCUCACGGGCAAAGCCGGCAGCGGCAAGUCGCGGGUGCUGCAGGCAUUGCUGUGGUUUGCAUACCAGCAUCGCUGCGAGUCUCUCAUUGCCCUCGUGAGCUACACGUGGCGCGCCGCGCUGCAUGUGAGUUGUGUGUGGGGUGUGUGGUGCAAGAGAGGUUCAGUUCAGACGUGAAGUGUGGUGGUGGUGGACUGGUCCUGGUAGUCCUGCUCGUGCGUGCCGGGGAAUUUAGCAGCCAGCGAGCCUUACAUGAUCGUGCUGUUGGCUUCGGCCGCUGCCAUCAUGGUCCAUUUACAGGACUCUACGCCAGGCGUGCUCGGCACCAGCACCACGUCCUUCUUUGCAACUGCUGGCACCUUUGGUCCGCCUCACCGCGAUCGAGUGGAGCGCAACCUCAAUGGUGUGCGCUUCAUUUUCCUAGAUGAGUUUAGCACGUGUGGGCUAUCCCACUGGGCGCGCAUUUGUAUGCAUGUGCACGCGGCACGGAGGCACGUGGGUAUAGACAGCACGCACUUAUAUCACGGGCCGCUGUCAGAUUUGCAUGGCCUGCUUGUUGGCGACUUGCGUCAGUUGCCACAGCCACGGCACGUGCCGCUAUAUAGCGGUGCUGCCGAGGAGAGCUUGCGGCGGCUGCUGGCGCCGGGCGUGGGGGACGGUGGGGCCAUGGAGCGCCAGAUCCGGCAGCUGGAGCAUCCGGAGGGCAGCAUGAACCUCAUGGGGCGGGAGCUGUGGAAUAUGGUGCCGUUCGCGUUCGUUCUCACUCACCAGCAUCGGCAGCAAGCAGGCGUAGGUGACAGCGACGAACCUCUCUUCAUGCUAGCGGAGAAGUUUGGUGGCGUGCAGGAAAUCUCUCAGGCAGACCUGGACACAGCGUGCCAGCAGCUCAAUGCUCGUGUUUGGCAGCCCCCGAAGCCAGGGAUUGACCCCGGGCCCCAGCCCUUUGCAGUUGUCCAGCGCCAUGUCGUGCGGGUUCCACUGGCAUUGCAGCUCGUGCAGCUGCAUGCGCUCGCGCAGCGUCAGCAGCUGCUGCUGUGGCGUAGCGCGGACUUGUCGCCUGACGGCAGCAGCUUACCUAUUUCGCAUGUGCAUCAAUUAGAGGCGCUUGGCGGGGCCAAGGAUGAUAGCGGUGUGCCCGCUGUGUGCGCAUUCUUUGCUGGUAUUCGUUACGUAUUUACAUCAAAUGAGCAUGUGCGUCUGUAUCACAUCAACAACAACAGUGCCACAGGCACCGGCAUUGUUCUGCAUCCCAACGAGCCACCAUUGCCAGAUGCAAGCAUUGCCCCCGUGCAUGUCCUCAAGUUCGUGCCCUCAGCUGUAAUGGUGCGCCCCGACGGGCCUGAUGCGGGUCGGGUGUCUGUUGAUCAGGCCCUGGAUGUCGGGGAGAUUCCUGUUUUACCGUGCAGUGCUAUGUUCACAUCGCAGCAUGCAACCCUGCGGUUGCCUGUGAUGCACUGGGGCUUUCGUGUGGAGCUUGCGUAUGCAGUCACCGAUUACUUUGCGCAGGGGCAAACUCUGCCACCGCACGAACUGUGGCUGGUGGAUAUGUGCAAACCGCAGCACGGUAGUUGGCGGCGGGCUUCCAUUUACGUAAUGCUCACCAGGUUUCGUGGGUUGCAUGCCUUGCAUUUAGUGCGCCCGCUGUGGGCCUCGCGGGCAGAAGAGUGCCGGGUUAAAAAGGCGCUGCGUACCAUGCUAAUGCCCGAGGCAGAUCUAGCUGCAGAGUGGCAGCGGCUAUUGAGGCUCUCGCAGAGCACAGCAAUAGCGGUGCCAGGUAUGAUUGAGCGCAUUCAGGCGAGCAUGGGUGUCUCAUAACCGAGGCCUUCCAUGCAUGCAUGGUUGCAACAUCUGGCAUGUGGCGCUGAACGCUGGGUUGUCCUGCGUCCCGGCCAGCACGGAUAGCGUAGUGCUUUUAACAUGCGCGAGGUGUACUGACAGAUGACCUGGAAGCGCGGAGUACCUUGUGGAUGGUGAGUGCUGAUUGCAAUUUACAGCAGUGACUUUCUUGUUGGUGUUUGGUGUGGUGACCAUCAUGCUUGGCUUCGCUGACUGGACGUAUGUCACUGAGCUGUAGAGCAACGUGUAUGUUCGGGUUUAGUUUCUACCUGUCCUGUCUCUGCGUGAAGCUGGGGUAUUGUUUAUUGACU